AUUUCAUCAUGGGUAACAUUUACAUCUUCCUUUUUUCACCUAAUGGUUCAUGCUUUGAACUCAAGCCUAUAAUAGAGCAAAAAAAGGGUCGAUAAUAUAGCAAAAAGAGAGAAAGAAAAUGAGUCACCUCCUCAUCUCAUCACUCACUUGAAUGCUCUAUGGUGUGGGAUCAAUAAAUGUACAGCAUUAUGGUCAGUGCUUCGGGUAGGUAUACGUUCAACCAUAACUUUGGAGAUCAGUCUAAAAGAAAAAAAAAGUAUAUUAAGCCAACAAAUCAAUUGCAUGAUUGAUUGAAUCAUUGAGCUUCUCCUUCUCCUCCCCUUUCCUAUCUAUUCAUUUUCUUCUAGAUCUCUACUAGUAAAAAAUGCAGGCACAAGUCUAGCGAUAGUAUACUUUUAGAUUAUCGCAAAGGAGAGGGUUUGGAGUUCGUACCAGAGAGCUGAAGAAAGAAACAGUUAGCUAAGUUUUACAAUGGCUUCGAAACCAGGGAUUCUAUACGAUUGGCCUUGGACUCCUCUUGGCAACUUCAAGGUAUCACUUACUAAUUCCACUGCUCUAAUUAACCUUUCCUUGGUUCUUUGUUGGAUCAGUUUUAAUGAUAUAUAUAUAUAUAUUUUUUUUGUAAAACUUUUUUUGUAUUAACUGGUAAACCUAAACGGCAUUGGCCGACUGGUUACCCCAAUGAAAAUGAAAAUGAAAAUCCUCUUCAUGUGCAAAGAGAGACCAUGCAUGAUGAAAAACCAAAAUUGUAAUUGCUCUCUUUUUUAUAUGGCUUGCUUUCUUGGCCUGUAUCUAGUAGUACUAAUGAUAUGCUAUCUUGUUAUUACAGUUUAUUUUAAAUUUAUGUACUCCUUGUGUCCCAAAACGGUUUUUUAAUUUAUAUUUUAAUUCUUUAUAAACUUUAUAUUAAAAAUAAGAUGUUAAAUUGAACAAUUAUUUCAGAACGGAUGGAGUGAUGAUUUUUAUGAAAUUUAUAAUUUCUGUAUUUGUAACUACAAAUCAAUAAAUCCUUUUUUUUUAAAAAAAAAAUGGAGGUGGCCACAAAAAGUUAUUCCUUUCAUUCAAUGAAGCAAAAAUUCGAGAUCCAUCCGUUUUAUAUCUUUUCGAAGUACCCUAGAGGUCUUUGAUAUUGUUUGUCAUAUCGCUCCUUCUUCAACAUUAUUGAUCGGCUGUCACAUGAAACUUUAUUGUUUUGUUUCAUAGCUUUAUUACAUUUCUUUUCAAAAGUCAAUUCAUAUUUAGGCAAUCAAAUGAGACAGAAGUUUUUGAGAAGUCAAUAAAAUUUUUGUUAUUAAGAAAUGCCGGAAUUGCUCAACUGCAAUUGAUGAAUAAAAAUGGUCGUGGUCGAGACCAUGAUUCAAAUGUAUUAAGACUAACCAAAGUGGUUGUGGUAGAGUGGAAGGGACUCCUUCACUCUUAAUAACCAUAGGUCGAGGGCGAACCUCGCCAUGGGCAUGGAGUAACCUUAAAUACUUUGGCCAAUCCAUCGAGGUGACUACAAUGCAGCGAGGGGAUAAUUAGUCACUGUUGCCGAUGGUGGACACCCUGCAAAUAUGAAAAAAGAGAAAAAAAAAUGUAUUAAGACUGUUCUCAACAUAUUUAUACACAACAAAAUUUUCCAUUAAGCUAAUCCAGAAAACACCUAAGUAAUCGAAAGGUGCCAAGUGCCAACCAAAUGAAAGUUUAGGCGUGUUUGGACUUCAUUUUACGCCCAUUCCUUCUUCUAAUUUAGUAAACAAGAGAGGUAAUUAUUUCUUUAGUUAUAGCUAAAUCAUCUCAUUUAUAUUCAUACUUCUUCUUUUUGGUAUUAAUUACACUGCAUUUGGUUUUACCAAAUUUGUAAUUAGGCUCCAUUAGAUUUCAUAUAUGCAUUAUGAGUGAAAGGUUCUCUUAAUUACGACUACGCUAUCAUGAAAGCGAUAUGAAUAUGACAUAUAAUACUACGUCCUUUUGAAAUUCCAAAAGAGAAGACAGAAGAAAAUACCAGUUGUGAAAAGGUUGGUGGUUGGGUAUGUUAUUGCCAGAAAAUGAUGUGUAUGCGUACUUGAACAGUACCUAUGGUCAAUUUUUAAUUGUAAUUUGUUAUUUUGAAUAUUUUCCUUUAUUCUUUAAUUAUAGUGUAUAGUGCCAACUGAUAAUUAUAUUUUAUUUUUAAUUAUCAUUAUUAUUAAUUUUUUUUUUGUGGGGAAUAUUGAAGUACCUUGUUUUGGCUCCAUGGGCAAUACACUUCACGUACUCAUACAUAACGAGUGAGCCAAGCCAGAGAAACUUUGCAAUGUUUGUAAUUUUGCCAUUUUUGGUGUUGAGAAUUCUCCACAAUCAACUUUGGAUUUCACUCUCUCGCUAUCGCACCGCCGAGGGUAAAAACAGGAUCGUCGACAAGAGCAUUGAGUUCGAACAAAUUGACCGAGAACGAAACUGGGAUGAUAACAUCAUUUUUAACGGGCUCAUAUUCUACGCAUUGUCCUACACCGGAGACACCGCCAGCAUGCCAAUAUGGAGAACGGAUAGUGUGAUCAUCACCAUUUUGUUACACGCCGGUCCGGUCGAAUUCCUUUAUUACUGGCUGCACAGGGCGUUGCACCACCACUUCCUCUACACCCGCUACCACCAGCACCACCACUCCUCCAUUGUCACCGAACCUAUUACAUCUGUGAUUCAUCCAUUUGGAGAGCACAUAGCAUAUUUCUUGCUGUUUGCUAUCCCAUUAGCAACAACAUUUUACUCAGGGAUAGCCUCAAUUGCUUCGUUUUCGGGUUACAUCAUGUUCAUUGAUAUCAUGAACAAUAUGGGACAUUGCAACUUUGAGCUCAUCCCUAGUUGGGUCUUCUCAAUUUUCCCUCCUCUCAAGUAUCUCAUGUACACUCCAUCGUUUCACUCACUGCAUCAUACCCAAUUCAGAACGAAUUAUUCUCUGUUCAUGCCAAUAUAUGACUACAUCUAUGGAACUGUGGACGAUACAACAGACACUUUGUAUGAAGCUUCACUUAAGAGACAAGAGGAUUCACCUGAUGUUUUGCAUCUUACACAUUUAACCACUCCAGAAUCCAUCUAUCAUCUAAGGCUUGGAUUUGCUUCUUUGGCUUCUAAACCUCAUGAAUUCAAAUGGUACUUCUGGUUGUUGUGGCCUGUCACACUUUGGUCAAUGCUGCUUACUUGUGUUCAUUCAAAAACAUUCCUUGUUGAGAGAAAUAUCUUCAAGAAGCUCAAAUUGCAGACAUGGGCCAUUCCCAAAUACACCAUUCAUUACUUCUCUCAAUGGCAAAGAGAAUCUAUCAACAGUCUGAUUCAGGAGGCUAUCUUAAAAGCAGAAGAAAAGGGUGUAAAGGUUCUGUCCCUUGGUUUACUGAAUCAGGAGGAGGAGCUCAAUGGAAAUGGGGAGCUGUACAUAAGAAUGUACCCUGCCCUCAAAGUGAGGUUGGUGGAUGGAAGUAGUUUAGCUGCUGCCAUUGUACUGAACAGCAUCCCAAAAGGAACAAAUGAAGUUGUCAUUGCUGGAAAUUUAUCAAAGGUUGCUUAUGCUAUUGCCUCUGCACUAUGCCAAGGAGGAGUUCAGAUAUGCACGUUACAUGAAGAUGCCUACAAAAAGAUCAAAUCCCGGAUUAAUCAGGAGGCUGGAAGCAACUUGGUCAAGCACAAACAAAACUCUGCAAAAGUAUGGAUUGUCGGGAAUGGAUUUGCGGAAGAAGACCAACAGAAGGCCUCAAAGGGCACAACAUUCAUUCCUUUCGCGUAUUCGCCACCAAAGAAAUCGCGCAAAGACUGCUACUACCACUACACACCAUCCAUGCUGGCUCCCAAGUAUCUCGAAAACUUGGAUUCCUGCGAGGUUGGUGUUUUUAUUCCCAAGUAUCUCAUUAUAUAGUAAAAUGAGAUUGGUUUUUAUUUCUUCUCAUACUAACAAUGGUUUUUUUUUUUUCUUUUUGGUUCUGGCUUUUUAUAAUUUGUCAGAAUUGGUUGCCUAGGAGGGUGAUGAGCGCACCGCGGAUAGCCGGAAUACUUCACGCUUUGGAAGGUUGGGAUGUAAAUGAAUGCGGAAACACGGUGUUCAACAUUGAGAAGAUGUGGCAAGCCAGCCUGAGUCAUGGUUUUCGUCCAUUGGUGAUGAUCUCCAAUUAUCCAAAACCAUAAUCUUCAUUCUGAUGAAAGAUCAGUUAAAAAAAAACGAUCCUUAUUUUUUCUAAGUAUCCAUAUGUUGUAGUAUAUCCAUCAAUGAUGAUUAAAAUAAGAUGUAAAGCUAAUUGUCUUACUAUUUCUAAUCUAUUUGUAGUAGUUGAAUGGCGCACACCUUCAAUAUUUCUAUAUAGAUUAUUAAAUCUACUACACAUUUGAGCCCUGUUCUUUUGAAUGUUAUGCAUGGGAGGCAAUAGCACUGCUACAUUAAAGACCAUGCAGCCGGCAAGAAGCGUAAUAUCUUAGUUUAAUUUGUACUAAAAAUAAAAAUUCAAACUGGACAAUAAUUUCAGGACGGGACGGAGGGCGUAGUAUAUUUUGCAAUACCUUGUAGUUUCGGUUAAAAUGGGCAAUGCAAAGGGAACACAUCUUAAGGAAACCAGACUUGGAUGGAUAACCAUUGGAAUAAAUAAGUUUAGAAUCAUCGUCGGGGUCAUUUCUCUCAAAUUUCAUACGAUUAAUAAAGGACACAUUAGCGCAGUAACCCGGAUCCCAGGUCACCUUAUAACCCUAAAAAGAUCCCAAUUAAUCAACAAUCAGGAGAAGGUUAAUUAUAAAUAGUAAUUAGAUCGGGAGAAUGAGGGAAUGAAUCGGAAUUGGAGGAGUAAUGAAUUAUUAAACGAACCUUACUCUCGUGGUGGAUGAUAUCCAUGUACUGAGUCCAUAGCUUGCCGCUUCAAACCAGGAGCGCACCAUUCACUUCUGUCGCAACUGCCUUUACCAAAGUUGCUAUAUGAUUCAUAAUCCUCCUCCUUCUUCUUCUUCUUCUUCUUCUUCUCCUUAUCCGAUGGUUGCUCGGCGUUGAUCCCCGGCUCAGCCGCUGAUCUUCCCUUGAGCCCUAAUUCUGGCUGAUCUCCUUAGAGUUUCCAUUGUGAGAUCGUUGCAAAAAAUCAUGGCGCUCGAUCUCCACCCG